AGGAGGAGGAGGAAGCGGUGGUAGCGGUGGUAGUGGUGGUAGUGGAAGUGGUGGCAGUGGAGGAGGAGGGGUGUCAGCCGUCACAGCCCACAGCAAUCUGUCAGCCAAGCUGGGCCACCUGAUAAGCCCACAGGACUCAUCCAUGCUGCGCAACAUCCACAACACACUAAAGAGUAAGAUGCAGAGCAAGGGAAAGGACAAUCGCUUCUUGUCACCGGAUGGCUAUCUUGGAUCACCUCGCAAAGGCAUGAGGCGUAUCCGCCAGCGCAGUAACAGUGAUAUAACUAUCAGUGAGCUGGAUGGUGAUGGUAAUGAGGGCUGGUCCUUUUCCGGGUGGACACCCAUGCACCGGGAGUAUGGCAGCACUUCAUCCAUAGAUAAACAUGGCGUGUCAGGAGAGAGCUUCUUUGACAUGCUAAAGGGAUACCAGUCCUCUGAGGCCCCUGAUCAGCGAAGUCCAGCUCCAGAGAGGCUAACGGAGCUACUUACUGUAGCCCCGAUAAAACAAGCUGCCCUGGACCUUCCAGAUGGACCUUUAGGUCCAGCCAGAGGUAGUCCGGCCAGUCGACUGAAGGAACGAGAGAAGCACUUAAAGAGGAGGUCAAAGUCAGAGACAGGUGGAGAGUCAAUAUUCCGUAAACUGCGCAGUGUGAAAGUGGAGGGUGACACAUCAAGGGCUGGCUCAGAUGUUGAAGAUGGGGGCAAAACUGAUGAGAGUGGCCCACCUCCCAAACCCUGGUUGUGCCAAAAAGGCUUUUCCCAUUUUGAUGUCCAGUCUCUACUCUUUGACCUCAAUGAGGUAGUUCAAAGUCGGCAAUCUGGGUCCAAACGCAAGAACACCACUACGGGUGCCUCGGCUGCUGCUGCUGCCUCUGCCUCGGCUACGUCCUCUCUCUCUUCCAACCAGAGUGGAGUGUAUGGGUCACCCUGUGGCUCACAAGAGGAACUGAGUAAGGAGGGAGCUGGAGGACACAGUGCCAACCCUGCAUUGGACCCUGGUGAUGACAAAAGCAAUGACCUGGUGCUCAGUUGCCCUUGUUUCAGGAAUGAGAUUGGUGGAGAGGUUGAGAGGAAUAUCUCCCCUGCUAAGCAGCAGGGCAGCAUAGGGAGUGGGGGGAGCUCAAGCAAUUCUUCUGGUAGUACGGAGGAAGGACCUUUGGAUGCCACCCUAACUACUCAUUUUACCAAUGCUGGUGUGGCUGUGUUGGAGGCCUCUAAAGAUGGGCAAAGCCAACAUGCUGACAGGUCCAAACGAUACAUUGUGGAACAUGUUGACCUUGGCGCCUAUUACUACCGAAAGUACUUCUACCUCAGAGAGCACUGGAACUAUCUGGGGGUAGAUGAGAACCUCGGCCCAGUGGCAGUGAGUCUGAGGAGGGAGAAGUUGGAUGAGCACAAGGAGCAUGGCCAGCAGUACAACUACAGGGUCAUCUUCAGAACGAGUGAGCUGAAUACCUUGAGGGGCUCCAUCCUGGAAGAUACAGUACCUUCCACAUCCAAGCACGGUCUAGCUCGAGGUCUGCCCCUCAAAGAGGUGCUGGAGCACCUUGUGCCUGAGCUCAAUGUCCACUGCCUGCGCCUGGCCCUCAACACACCUAAGGUCACAGAGCAGCUGAUGAAGCUGGAUGAGCAGGGGUUGAGUUUCCAGAGGAAAGUCGGGGUGAUGUACUGCAUGGCAGGCCAAAGCAGUGAGGAGGAAAUGUACAACAACGAAUCAGCUGGUCCUGCACUGGAGGAGUUCCUUCACCUGCUGGGGGAGAGAGUUAGACUUAAAGGGUUCACCAAGUACCGGGCCCAGCUGGACACCAAGACUGACUCGACGGGAACUCACUCCUUGUACACCACUUACAAGGAUUACGAGAUCAUGUUCCAUGUGUCUACCAUGCUGCCCUACACACCCAACAAUAAGCAACAGUUACUGCGAAAGCGCCAUAUUGGGAACGAUAUCGUCACAAUCGUGUUCCAGGAACCCGGGGCGCUCCCUUUCACCCCCAAAAACAUUCGCUCACACUUCCAGCACGUCUUUGUUGUGGCGGUCACUCGUUCCAAAGAUGUGCCCUCCUUCGGCCCCCUUAUCCCAGAAGGCGUGACCUUUCCCAAGUCCUCUGUGUUCCGGGACUUCCUGCUGGCCAAGGUCAUCAAUGCAGAAAAUGCUGCCCACAAGUCACACAAGUUCCGUGCCAUGGCCACCCGAACGCGGCAGGAGUACCUGCGCGACCUGGCUGAGCGCCACACCACCAGCACGCCCAUCGACCCCUCGGGAAAGUUCCCUUUUAUCUCACUGGCCCACAAGAAAAAAGAGAAAAGCCGGCCAUAUGUAGGGGCAGAGCUGCGCAGCCUGGGGGCAGUAACCUGGCCAGUCCAUGUUGAGGAUCACGGGACCGGAGGGGAACUGGAGGCCCUUCUGGCAAUCUCCAAUGACUUUCUCAUCCUGCUGGACCAGGAGGCCAAGGCUGUGGUGUUCAACUGUGCAACUAAGGACGUGAUUGGCUGGAUGCUGAGCAGCCCUGCGUCUUUGCGGAUUUUCUACGAGCGCGGAGAAAGUGUGUCUCUGAGGAGUAUCAGUAAUAACACUGAGGAUUUCAAGGAGGUGGUCAAACGUCUAGAGUUCCUGACUAAGGGCUGUGAAACAUCAGAGAUGACACUCCGUCGAAAUGGCCUCGGGCAGCUCGGCUUCCACGUGAACUAUGAAGGCAUCGUGGCUGAGGUGGAGCCAUAUGGUUACGCCUGGCAGGCCGGACUGCGGCAGGGAAGCCGAUUGGUAGAAAUCUGCAAAGUUGCUGUAGCAACGCUGACCCAUGAGCAGAUGAUUGACCUCCUGCGGACCUCAGUGACAGUGCGGGUUGUUAUCAUCCCACCGCAUGAUGAUGCCACUCCACGCAGAGGCUGUUCAGAGCUCUAUCGGAUGCCUGUGUCCGAAUACAAGGGCAGCAGCAGCGAUAGCGGCUCGUUCGAAUACAAAUUCCCGUUCCGCAGCAACAACAACAAGUGGCAGAGGACGUCUAGCAGCCCUCAGCAGUCACUGACCGCCUCACCACAGCCCCACACGCCCAACCGUGCCAUCAGCCUGGGUAGCUCAGUGGGGAAGACCCUGUCAGCUGAGAGGCUGGAGAGGGGCGCUGUCAUCCCACGCAGUGUCAGCAGUGAUGGUCGACCCCUGGACACCAAGAGGAUGUCUCCCGGCAGUGAAAGCUAUAGCCUGGCCUCCUCCCUGGCGUUGGGUCGUUCCCCUCACAAUCGCAGCUCUCCCAGCAACCUGUCUUGUUCCAGUGACACCUCUGGAAGCUCUGCUCACUGGAGACAGAAGUCCAUGCCUGAGCAGUUUGUGGGCAACCGCCACUCUCCGAUGUCUACGGAGAGACGAGAGGCGGUUGGAGAAGGCGGGUCCAGUGGAAAGUCCACUCCCAAUUGGUCGAGAAUGGAGGAAGGGGGUGGAGGUGAACGAGGGUCAACAGAGGCCCCAGUUUCAAAGUCAGGUCAAGGCUAUUCUGGAGCUCCCCGAAUCCAGAGGCAGGAGCAAGUCAUCCACCUGUCCCCGAAGAAGGGCAGCCAGUCGGACGGCCCUUACUCCGGGCACUCCAGCAGUAAUACUCUAUCCAGUACAGCUUCCAGUGGGGGCCACAGUGACAGUGAUAAAUGGUACGAACUGGGAGCCGGUGGAGGCUCCAGUGGUGACCAGGGUGAGACAGAGCCAAACGGCCUGGGAGGAGGAGGCUAUCUCCAGGGCGCAUCAGCCGACAGCGGCAUCGACACCAGCUCUUAUGGAGCCCCUCACCACACCCACCCCCAUUCUCAUCAUGGCAGCACCACCUCCCUGCUGGCUCCCAGUGGAGGCAGAGAGAGCAGGGAACGGUCAGUGUCUCCAUGGCAUAGCCCCACGGAGGGAGGCCGCAGGAUGCUGGAGCGGUCGCCUGCUGCCGCCGAGUCCCCAGGCCCUCCAGGAGAAAGGAGUCUGGAGGGGACGGGCCGAACCCCACCUACCCAUCUCCUAGUUAGAGACAGCAGCACCUACAGUCUGAGUGACACUGGAUCACACUCGAGCGCCAGGCACUCAGGCCACAGCUCCCCAAGAGAGGAGUCGUCCUCUUCGGCCACCUCCCCUUCAUCCCAGUCCUCGGCAUCCCCUGGGCCCAAGAGCUUCUACCCCCGCCAGGGAGCUCAGUCCAAGUACCUGAUUGGCUGGAGGAAGCCCGGUUCCACCAUCAAUUCUGUCGACUUUGGAGACACACGCAAGAAGUCUCCAGGAGAGGGUGGAGUGGAGGUAGUUCCAACCCCAGCAGCAAGGCCCUCUCUUCGGGAUAUGCACUCGCCCCAGCCACAUGCCAAAUCCACUAUGGAGGAAGAUGUGAAGAGACACAGUGCCCCAGACAGCCCUCCACCACCACGCAGACAUAAGGAGAAGCACGGCCAGAAAUCGCCUCAAGGCCAGUCUCUCAGUCACCGUCGCUCACUCCAUCGGACCCUGUCAGACGAGAGUAUCUACCGUGGCCAACGCCUUCCUACCCUGAGUGACUCAGUGACAGAACCAGCACUCGGCGCUGAUGUUCUCUUCAGCUGCUCCACCCUCCCACGCUCACCCACCACCCGUGGUGUUCCCCUCCGACGUCCCUCCUAUAAGCUGGGAGUCAAACUCCACGGUGACCUUUCAGCAUCUGACACAUCAUUGGUGGAUUUGGUGGAGCGUCAUCGUGGACCCCUCCCUCAGGAGCUGAUGCCCCUCCCGUCUUCAGACAGGGACAGCCCCCUAGAGUGGACACACCUGGUCGAUGUGGCCAAUACCUUUGAGAGUAGUGAAAGAAACACACACUACGUCCAGAGAAGUUAUGUGUUUGGAGAUUCAAACCACCGAAGCAGCGGUGCCUCCAGUCCUCAACAGCCCCACAUAGAGCUGCAGCCUGCUCCACUGUCACGGCCCUCAUCUAGUGAGGGUCACAUAGGGCUGGAGAGGAAGGUGACUAAGCUGGAGGCCAUGGUGAAGAUGCUCCAAGAGGACCUGAAGAAGGAGCGCGAAGAGAAGGUGAGACUUCAGGCUCAGAUCAAGAGGCUCUGGGAGGACAACCAGAGACUGCAGGAGGAGUCCCAGACCUCCGCUGCUAAGCUCAAGAAGUUCACAGAGUGGGUCUUCAACACCAUCGACAUGAACUGACCCCGACCGGCACAUUUUAACUCAUGCACGCACAUACACAAAAGCAUACAUCAGCACACACAGUCUGGACAGAGAGGCAGAGGGGGGAUCAACACUGACAAGAAAGGUGGAGACUUGUUGGACUCACUUAGCCUGAUGCUGAACCCUCCGACCAUCUUCCAUUGGCUUCGAACAUCAGCAGGUAAUAUCUCCACAGAUCCUCGGUUAAACUUCUCAGGAUGAGACUCAUAAAAAUGGGUGUCAUUUAUCUGAUUAUGAAGGACUGACCUCUACUCUCCACUGGGACCAUAAGAGCGUUGCUGAAUUGAUCUUUCUUUCAUCUUGCUGUGCCAAAACCUUUUUCGCAAAAUUGCCAACAAAGAGGAAGCUCUUCCCCUCCCUCCUCUUUCUGAAGAAGCCAGAUUCGCCUCUUUCUGAUGUGAACUUAAAGAAUCCCCAGACCCCCACCCCUGCCCUGCUCUCUCUGUGGAUGUGUUUCUCUUUUAAGGGACAGCCUACAGUAGAUAUCUGGCCAUUUAUCUUUCCUCUUUGUUCCAUUUUUCAAUUACUUUUUGAAAUAUUUCCCUGCUCCUCUGAAAGUUGACUCAAGUCUUUUGUGCCAAAUAAAACCCACAACAGCAGAGGGUAGCAGAGACAUCUAUGUGACUUAAAGGAAGAAGUCUCUGAAAUGCCACGCAAAAGUCAGACCGGUACGCAACAAAUCUGCCAGCCCACAAACACAUAAUGAAUCUCAAGCCACAAGACCACAGGAGAGGUUUUCAUUUCUUUCUGACCACUGACGGGUCAUCGUGGCUGUUUGUCCGUCAGCCACAGACAUGGAAGCAGGUCGAUCUGCCUCCUUAUCACAAGGGAAAUUUAGAUUUGUACAGUGUGUGUUUUUUUUUUCCCCAUUUCUUCUCCUCUGUGUCACUCAGAUCUGGAUUACAGCAUCCUGUCUGUCUCUACAGCACAAACCAACACCUGACAGAGGAGUAUAUUUAUAAGCCAUCGGCAUGUGGUGCCAUAAAACAUGACUGAUAUCCAGAGUGCUUUGGUCCAUUCCAAUUGUAUGUGUCUUAAAAGCAAUAGGAAGAAGUCAGGACUCCUUUCUCUCUCAAAAAAGGGAGAGUUUGCUCUGGGAAGAAGUUCGAUUUGGGAAAAGAUGUUUUAAAGGUUACUCUUAGAAGACACCAGUCUCUGCUGCACAAGAUCCUCCAUCUUCUUCCAUUAAAGCAGUGAACAUCGUGCUUUGGGAAAAAAGGAAAGAGAGGACUUCACUCACUAUCCCACUGUCUGGAAUACAGAGAGCCAGCUGAUAAUAAAUGACAGAGACAUUUUCGGGAGGGAAAAGUAAAGGGGGUCGUUUUUGUUCCCAGGUUAAUUUAUUUCCUUGUAUUAUAAUUCCAAUAAAUAAGUUGUUCUAUUCGUACAGUACAACUCACAUCAGUGUUUAGUUCCUCAAGAAAAAGGUCACUAGCUAUAUUAUUUAAAUGGCUUUCUUUCUUAAUUCUGGCUCAAGCCUGACUAUAUGCUUUUUAUUCUGUAUUAUGUUGUAUUUUGUGGUGCCUAAGCCUGCUGUCGUGUUGCUUACAGUGCCCUCUAGUGAUGACCAGUGGAAAUGUCAUGAUUAUUAAAUGUGCUGCCAGUCACUCUGUAUUUUUCCAACGCCUCUUCAGCAAGCAGUCAGACAUCGACCGUGAGGCCACACAAACACAGAACAGGAAGAAAAAUCAGAAGCCAGCUUUGAGAGACAAUCAAAGGUUGAUUUUUGAUAAAGGGAGCAGACCUUAGGUGUACUUGUACGUGUGUGUGUGUGUGUGUGUGUGUGUGUGUGUGUGUUAAAUCUAAAACAUCUAUAGCUUUCCUCAGGUUCAGUGCUUGUUGGGAACAUGAGGAUCUUUUUGUGGAAAGUAAUUCAACAAGAAAAUACUUAUAUGUUUAGAUUAAAAUACCCAUGAUGAGAGGGGGAACCACAGUACCUACUGUACCGGUGGCAGUGUGUGUUGUCAUUGUGUGAAUGUGCAUCAGUCUAUCCAGCCGUGCCUACAGUCACUUAUUUUGGUCAUUUACUCCCAGGCAGAGCAGGGAUGUGCCUUUGAAACAGCACCUGGGGAACAGAUGAAAGGGAAAGGCUCUUCUUCUUCAUCCUGAAAAAUAAACACACCUGGAUAAACACACACACACACACACACACACACUCACCUUACACACUUUUUGAGUUUUAAUCAACUUCAUACUCACAGUUGUGGAGUCUGCCUCAUAAAUGUUUAUACGGGGGAAUCUGCUUUCAGCCUUUCUCUUGUUCAUAUGAAUAUGUUUACUGAACACAAUCAGGUUGGCUAGCCUCCAGACAAAGGGUGUGUGAAAUGUAUGGAAAUGUGUCAGUGUGUGUGCCUUUGCAUUCAGUUACAUGCAGUAUAUAUUUCAGUGCAGCUGGCCCCCUGUAAUAAAAGUGUAUUGGAAGAAAAUGUUUCCCCAAAUCACAAAGCUAAUUACAACACAAGCAGGAGCCAUAAAGCUGUUUUCCGCAGCCACGUUGUCUGACAACAAUAAGAGUGUUGGGUUUAUUUCAGGUCGCUAACUUGAGCAUGUACAUUGAAGUGGUUCUUCACAAAAGUGGUGUAAGCCUUAAUUCCCUGUCCUUUGCUAUCAAAGACGCACUCCCAGUUUUUGAAUCCCUUAGAGUAAAUUUGCAUCUUAAAUUGAUGCAAUUAAAACCCUGCAGCGUACAACACAAAACGGCACCCGCCCUGAAUGUAAAGAGAAUAUAAACAAGCCUAAAUAAAUGUGAUGUUUACUAUAACUGACAUUCAGCUCUGCAGCUCUGCAGGGAGAUCAGUGAAGAUGCAACAACUUUUGGUUCUGUUUUAAGAAUCUCUUCGGUCUAUAUAACAACACCAGUGAACAGUCAAGUGUUUUGCUUGCUGAGAUGAUUUGGUCGUUUUAACAGUUUAACAAGGUGGCCAGUUGUGAAAAGCAGUCUUAGUAGUCAUCCAAUAAUGUGAAAUCCUCAAAAUAUACACCAAGUAUGAGUCAUAUAGGCAGAAAUGUUCCCGAUCCAGGAAGUUUUGACUGUAAAUUGUACGUCGAUGCUUAAAUGAUGACUAAUAGGUAAUGUUUUACUGUACAUGGAAAGUGCUCUAGUUUUUUGUAUUUCAAAUGAAGUAUGGCCAAAUGACAAACUGUGCAGUGCAGAUGUUUUGCUCGCAUCUUUAAAAGUGUGCAUCAAGUUGGAUGUUAGAUACAGUUAGCAACCUUAUACAAAGACAUAAACGCGCACACACACACACACACCCCAGUCCAGUUACUUCAGUGUGAAUGUUGAGUUAUUUUACUGUGCAUAUAGUUUCUUUCUUUCCUCUGCUUCCGUUUUUUGGUGCUUUUCAGAAGGACAUGGGAAAUGUGAAUGUUCAAAUGUUCCAUUUUGUAAUAUCUUUUAUUUUUAAGAACCUUUGCACAGUGUUUUAUAAAAAAGGAUUGUGUUUACAGGUUUUUGGAUAAGAAGGGUGAAUAGAUCCAUUCCUGUGCAAUCUCGUCUAGAUGUUGCUCCGUAGUUUUCCGGCCAGUGCAGUUCCCGUUAAACAGAGGAAGGUGCUUGACUUAAUUCACUUUAAAAAACAUAAAAAAUUCCAACCCUUCUUUUCCUCAAGCAUCUCUGAUCACACAAGAAGCAGGCUGGAUGUUGUUUUGUACUGUAGGGAUUGCCGGUUUUCAGUCGAGCACAACUUGCGAGGUUAGUGAUUGCAGCAGGGAAGGAAGGAAGGUUUCACAAAGCUCAGAGUCACGGCUGUGUUGGAAGAACAAACUAAACAGUGAACUAAUAAAAAGCACACAAUUUCAAGAGAACCAUACGUUUUACAGAAUUAAAAAUACUGUUUACAUCCCGGAUCCAUUGUCUUUGUAAAAUGUAAAGGUAUGAAAAAGACAUUUGCAGUGAUCACAGUAUUAAAGUUUCUGAAAUAAAUAAAUGCCG